AUGAAAGCUUUGCACUAUAUAAAUUCUUUCUUAGAAGGUGUUGGUAACAAUAUAAUUGAUUUUUGUUUGGUAGAUUUUGAUUUAACUGUGAAUGAUGAUGAUAUCUUUGAAAACAUGAUUGCUGAAGAAACAACCAAUACUAAUUUUCAGUCAGACAUACAUUAUAGUAAGAGUUUAAAUAAAGAGCAACAAAAUACCUAUGAUAUUAUUUUGGAUUUUGUUUUAAAUGAUAAGAAUGUAAUGUUUUUUAUUGAUGGCCCAGAAGGUACAGGAAAAACGUAUUUGUACAAGGCAUUACUUUUUGGUGUACGAUCUCGAAAUCUUAUCGCACUAGCAACGGCAUCAUUAGGUGGAGCUGCAUCUCUAUUUUUGGCUAGUCCAAAAGGACAUUCAAGAUUCAAAAUUUCGCUUGAAGGAAGUCCUGAUAUGCAAUGUUCAGUGAGUAAACAGUCUGCGCUUGGUAAAUUUUUAGCAUUGGCUAGGCUAAUAAUCUGGGAUGAAACACCAAUGGUUCAUAAAUAUGCUUUUGAGGUUUUAGAUAAGAUGUUAAGAGACAUUACUGAAUGUCAAUUACCGUUUGGUGAAAAAGUCGUUGUGUGUGGAGGAGAUUUUCGACAAGUUUUACCAGUAUUACAAAGAGGAACAAAAGACGAUAUAAUUCUUAAUUGUUGUGUAAUUGUCAGAUGUCGCGUAGUUAAUGUGAAUACAAUUGGUAAAGCGGAUAUUUAG